UUUGAAUGCUCAGCGAGGGCGAGCUUGCUGGUUCCACAUCUCACAAGGAGGAGGUCAAUGGGGUAAUCUCCAAUGGUGUGGAGCUCCAUCACUUCUGCUAAAUGGCUCACUGAGCUGUUGUUUCUGCAGCCCGUGACGUCGACCGAGGCCACUUACUACUAAUUUUUCUGUUAUGUGGUGUUGGAUUAUGCGAGCGUUGGAAUGGUGAACGAGCAGAGUGACUUCGGGGACCUCAUAAUGGAGAUCAUCUGCGGACAAAGCCCAGUCAACUAUGCUAGACCUCCGUUCUGAGGUAGCUCCAUUAUUUGUGUGACGUACUUUUCCUAUCAAUGUUAAUCCUCAUUCAAAUUCAGCGAGGUUCUGAAAUUUAUAUCGGUUAUGCUGGUGUGAUGCACAGCCGGCGCUUCUCCUCUGAGUUGUGGCUGUAUGUCGGUGCCUCGCCAUGUAACAGGCCAGAGAUAAGAAGACACCGGUGCGAGUUGGUGACAGUGGAGGCUCGGGAGGAGCGCCAACAGCUGCUCUGCCAGGAGGAGAUGAUCGAGAGGAUCGUGCUGUUGCCAUCGCCCGUAGGAGCACCAAGUGCCAGCCGCUGCUCCUACGGAAGGAGUGCUGUCACCAUCGCUGUCGACAAAGAUCGAGGUUCCUCUCUAUAUAUGGAGGAGGAUUCGAAAGGGUUACGUAAUGGGUGGGCUUCCAUUUUCUUGGCACCAAGAAACAUUGAGGAAAUCUCAUGCAUCUACUGCUCGUUGCCUUGGCUAUAUUGAUCUACCAACCGGUUCAGAUGACAAUGGAAUGUUGUGGUUCAGGAAAGCAUAUUAUCUAAAUUCUGCGCUGCCCUCAAGGUAUGCAAGGUCAGCUAAAUUAUUUAGUGCUUUUGUCUAAGAAAUUUACUCUAUCUUCUAUGCAACAAAUCUCCACGUCAAGAAAAGUAUAGAGAUACGAUGUUUUUAGAGAUCUGAGUUAUGCGUAUGUUUUUACAUAUUCCAUUUUUCAGCUACCUUUUAUUUUGUUUUGGGUGGAAAACACACACAUAGCUUAAUUGGCGCAAAAUAGUAUUCUCAGUUAAGGCCAUACUUUCAGAACCAAGUAAUUGUCAUAUAUAGUGACCUGCGUUUCAGCUUCUUUUUGCCUCUGAACACUGCUUUGCAUUAUCAUCGCAUUACACUGUCUUACAUCAUACACGCUGCCAAGCUUCUUAGUUUAA